AUGGCUUCCACAAUAGCCUCCCCAGUCCCACUGCAUUUCAACCAGUCUCCACAAACGACCAAUGAGCGUGAGGCUGUCGACCACGGACGCGAUACUCCACUUCCGCAGUAUGAAAAGACGCAGUCGGUGCCAUUUACAUUGAAACUCCAGGAAGAUGCUCAGAAUCCAGGCCGAUUUCAGCUUGUCUUGGACAUUGGUGCAAAGCUUCAAUCACCAGAUGGAUUGCUCUUGAAUGCACUGUUCAACCCUCCAAAUACAGUCAAUAGCGCUACCAAGGAUAACGCAAAUUCCAGGCGAGAUACUUCCAGUCCACCUACGACACCACUUUCGGACAAACAGGGCUGGGCCGAUUUAGACCAUGUGCCCCCUGAAUUUCUCAACAAAGUUGUACCAGAUUGGAAUGUAUCGUUUUCUCGGAGUGAUUCGACAGUGUCCACACAGACAAAGCGUCUCGCCGAUAUCAAAGCCAAGAUCAAGAAGAAAGGAAAAGGCUAUGUAGUUCGACUCUUGAAAGGAUCCGCCACCGACUCGAAUGAGAUUGCUGAAGUGGAUUUGGGUUCAGACACCACCAGAUCCCGAGCAAACAUCCCUGAGCUUGACUCCGCAACUAUGCCAGCCGAACUUCACUCUGUACCGUUUUCUGUGCCGUUAAAUGAUAUAAAUCAUGCCGAUGGAGCCACGAUAUGUGAAAUCGGUACUUCAAAUGAAGAUGGUAUCAGGCGGCCGCAAGAUUCCAUUACUCCUGGAUCUGGUGCAAAUGGUGAAUCACAUGCGAGGCGGUUGGAAGGGAGCCGGUUGGUACAAAUUUCAACCACCGAAGAAGGCAUGAGCGAUGCGGAAACCCUGAUUUCCGAUCUUCGCCCAAUGGAUCGGCACGUGGAUGGGGAACAGGCCUUUGGCGAGUCCAUGAUUCCAAGCCGAUCAGGUUCAGUAUCUAGCAUUGUCAAAACACCUACUCGGGGCUUAUCACUUAUUGGACCAGUUAGGAAAAGGGUUGAGAAGAAGGCUCGUCCCCGUAUAAACUGCCGAACCGCAAACAUGAAUCUCAAACGGUCAGAUGCUCACAAAUCUAUCAAGAAUCGCUCUAAUUCAACUACCGUUGAAAUUGAUGAUUGGUUUGAUGAAAUUGGCACGAAUUCGGCCAACGUGCGGCAGUUUCAAAAUCUAUCACCUCGCAAGUCCAAGGAUUCCGACAGAAAUUUCCAAGACCAUGGGGCAUGGCAGAAUUCAGUAAGAUAUGCCGGGAGGAUAAAACCCCGAAACGCCCGUCAUUCAUCAGCAGACGAUCUCCAAGUACCUACAAAGUCCAAGUAUGGAUUGCGGUUACAAACCAACGUACCCAAAACAAGAUCCGCCCACGUAUCCCCAGUGACUCAGCGGAAAGGGCCACCGAAGGUGCGAAAACACAAAUCAUCAUCGAAUUCACCGAGUGAGGUGUAUGAUGAUGAUAUAACAUCUUCGCCUGAGCUGCAAGAAGCGAGUCAUUCGGAGGCGCUCAGAGAAGCCUUGAAGACUUUGAGUGAUGUUGUUUCGGACCCAGGCAAUGGUGAUCAAGACAUUGGGGAUACGCAAGACCCUGCCAUGAACCACUUUGUUGAGCCGGUGAACGAAGAUUGUAUUGGCGAUAUAGUGUUGCCUUCGGAAACCGAGAUCAGAUCAGCACCCAGCGGAAUGCGCAACCCGGUGUUGAUGUACUGGGCCCUCGCAUUUGGUGCGUUGUCAGACAAGGUAUAUGAAGGAUUCAAACUGCUUCGAGAUGCUGUCGGUCCUGAGCGGCCCGUUCCGAGAGGUCAUGUUCGCGUUCGAUGGACUUGUGCAUGUGGAGAGUCGCUUUAUGAUGACUUCAUUGAGCAACGACCGAAUGCAGCCCGACUUCUAGAAGCCUACUUGAACCGUCCGCGAGUACACACUUAUCAAAGCCCUGCCAGCCAGAGCAGCACAGUAUCAUCUGUGUCCUCUAUCUUCGACUCUUCUAGUCGAGCGUCAACCCUGACGACGCCAUCGUCUACAUAUGGUGGAUCUGCUCCAUGGUCUAGAGGCAGUGAUCCAUCAAAGUACAACUCGUCCCGUGUGCGAGCAGACAGCGCAUUCAGUAUUCGCAUGCCUAAUUAUGCUGAGGAAUCGUGGCUUCUCACCUGCGCAAAUGAGGGGCGUCUUACGCCCAAGAUCGUCCAUCUCGACGUCAACGAAGGCCGAAUAAGAAGCGAUAAAGACCUAGCGCUUUCCCUACGGGAGCACUACGACCAGCUCCAUCGCGGAUGGUACAACUGGACACGACUGCGUGGACUAACGACUAUCGAAUUUGUACAAUUCGAAGUUCAUCGCAAUCGAUUUGCUGACAUUCGUGCCGCGCCAUCUAUGCCUCCGAGAUCAGCGACCUCUUCAGUACUUACAGCUGGGAACCCAGAGAAAUCUCAGGGGGCAUCACAGCAUCCAUAUACGUUUGAGCCAAACGACCUUCUACCUCCUGUCGGCAGCACCUAUCUCCUUCAUCUUUUUAGGCAUCCAAACGAUUAUGACAGCGAGCUGAUAACAUAUCUACGUAGUCCAAAGCGGCGUCAGCGGCUAGAGUUCGGCAUGGGGUGGGGUGUUCAUCUCGUGGAAGGAUUCCUGGCCCAACGUGUUUGGGCGUUUACGGUGGGUAUUUGUGGCCUGAGUAGUGCAGUAUUUGCCGCUUUGUGGGCGAUUAUGAAGAAAGACGUGCAGGGUGCAUUUGGAGUUGCGCAAUGGGUAUUGGGAAUCGCUGUGCUAAUGGUCGGCGGUAUCCAGGCGUGGCUAGAGUAG